GUUUAAUCAGGCGGGUCUCAACUCCGGUCCGUCGAUCCCUCCGACUCCUUUGCUUGGUUAUCGCCAACACCCCCCUCUUUUCUCCUCCUUUCUCAUUACCAUCACCUUUGUGGUUCAUGUCUUCCUGCAAGGGCUUGAUGCCAUCAAUAAUCGUCCAUGCCUCCGAGACCCGAUAUCCACAGCCCGUCACUCCUCUCCCCCGCCGGCUACGAUGACGAUGCCUCGUUGCGAUCGCCGUCGGAACAGGACUCGGACUCCGAGGACGACGAGUUCCUGCGCAACUCUCGCACCACAUUGGAACUAGCAGAAUAUGACAGAAGUGUCCUGCAGGAAGAGGAUGAGAUGGAGAAGCUUUUGACGCGCAGUGGUCCCACCCAUGGACUGCGCAGGAUCUUCAGCCCCAACGGCAGCAGUGUCAAGAUCGGCAAACGAGAACGGCGGCGACAGCGGAAGAAAGCGCGGCAUGAUGAACGACGCGGGCGCCGUGAACAAGUGAGCGAAGAUGGAGAACUGAUGUAUGAGAUGGAAGAAGGUCAUGGGGAUGAUGAGGCCUCCCUCCUUAGCUCUCAAUCGUCGGAAUUCGAUCGUCCGGAGAAGGGGGAAUUUACUUAUGUUCAGCCUCGACGACUUCCAUGGUGGAGGCUUCUCAUAAUAUCCGCUGCAAUCCUCGUUCUCUUCCUCAUCUUCCUUCUGGGUGCUUACAAGGCCUCGAGUGAAUUCCGAGCCUCCCAUUCUCAUCAGCCUUUGUUAUCGAACGGAUCUGCCCUAUUUGCGCCCACAACCAUCUUUAUCUCUCUUGAUGGGUUUCGAGCCGACUUUCUCGAUCGCGGAUUAACCCCUAGCCUCAGUUCAUUCAUCGCGGCCGGCGUUUCCCCACAGUAUAUGCUUCCAAGCUUUCCCAGUGUCACAUUCCCGAACCACUUCACUCUGAUGACUGGACUAUAUCCGGAAAGCCAUGGUAUUGUAGGUAACACCUUCUGGGACCCAGACCUACAGGAGGAGUUCUACUAUACGCACCCAUCGGUCAGCAUGCAAGCCAAAUGGUGGAAUGCAGAACCCCUUUGGGUGUCAGCGGAGAAAAGAGGCUUGAAAACCGCCGUCCACAUGUGGCCUGGCUCCGAGGCGCAUAUUGCGGACAUGGAUCCCUCGUUAUUGGAUCAAUACAAUGGAUCGGAAGCCCUUUCCCGGAAAGUCGAUCGCAUUCUGGAAUUUCUCGACCUGCCCGGUAAGGAAGGGGAAUCGACAGUUGUAUCCGAGAGACCUCAACUCAUCGCUGCUUAUGUUCCUAACAUUGAUGCGAAUGGGCACAAUUACGGCCCCAACAGCACCGAGACUCGAAGCACCAUCGCGCGGGUAGACGAGAUGCUUGGUGAUUUGUUCUCGGGUAUCCAGGAUCGCAAUCUGACCGACAUUGUCAAUAUUGUAAUUGUUUCCGAUCACGGUAUGGCUACAACAGCCAAUGAGCGGCUGGUGCAGCUUGACGAUCUGAUCGAUCUCAACCUUGUCGAUCACAUUGAUGGAUGGCCGUCUCGCGGACUGCGCCCUAAGAAGCCGGAAGAUUUAGAGACCCUGAAAGCGCAGCUGGCAAACGUCGCGGAGAACUAUUCCCAUGCUGUCGAGAUUUACACGCUUGAUACUAUGCCUGAACGCUAUCACUUUAAAAAUAACGAUCGCAUUGCUCCGCUCUGGGUAAUCCCCAAGACUGGUUGGGCCAUUGUCGAAAGGCCCGAUUUUGAUGUCGAGGAAGCCAUUCGCACAGGAAAGACCUACCACCCUAAGGGUAUUCACGGAUACGAUCACGAACAUCCUCUAAUGCGGGCUAUUUUCAUGGCUAGAGGCCCUUCAUUUCCCCAUCAGCCCAACAGCCGGCUGGAACCUUUCCAAAACGUAAAUGUCUACAACAUCAUUUGCGAUUCCCUAGGAAUCGAGCCGCUUCCAAACAACGGAACGCUGCGUCUUCCUUUGCAACCAGUUGGCCUCCAUUCCGACGAAGACGCUCCUGUUCGUGUUAAUGUCGAUGAUCCCCCGGUCAGCAGUACUACUCCCGGCAUUAUCCCAACAACAACGACAACAACUCCAGCUGUAACCGUUCCAGAGCCUACGUCUCCAGCAUCUGAAACGACGCCAGAGGACCCCGAAACGGACGAUGAAAGCGAAGAUGAGGAAAGCUCUACCUGGUGGGGGUCUAUUUGGGACAAGGUUGAAGACUUGAAGGACUGGGCGGGCGAGUUGAUCGACUCCGUGAAAGAUAAAAUUCAUCACGGUAAAUCUAGUCAAUAAAAAUUGGCUGUAAAUUAUUUGGUGUGGUGAUGUUUUCCGGUGGGCGAUGGUGGUGCUGCGUUUCUAGCGUUGAUAUACUGAGACAGUGAGGUCAUUGUGGCUUAUGAUACCCUUUUUUUUCAGCUUGUACACAAUAUCGAUAUAUUUUUAUCAGAAUAAUUACUAUGAGUUUCAUUGCUUGCGGGCCUAAUGGCUUGUUUAAACGAGGAAUAAUGAGUCAAG